AUGGCCGAGCAACUUCAGUUGACCCUCUACCGGGGGUUUCCUGGAUCCGACGAAUAUACCUGGUCUCCUUUUGUCACGAAAAUUGAACUUCGUCUACGCUUUUCGGCCCUCAAAUAUUCCAAGGAAGCUGGAUCGCCUCGUGAUGGUCCUCGCGGCAAGAUUCCAUACCUUACACUUGCCAGACCCGAUGGAUCGGAAGUUCAAACCCUAUCCGACUCGAGUAUGAUGAUUAGAGACCUCAUUGACAAGGGCUUGAUCGAGGAUUUGAAUUCAUCCUUAAGUCCAUCAGAAAGGACGCACGAUCUAGGUCUGCGUGCCUUGUUAGAAGAAAAACUAUAUUUUCUGACAUGUCAUGAGAAAUGGUUUGAGAAUUACUAUACCAUGCGAGACCAUGUUCUAGGAUCUAUACCGUUCCCCUUGCGGGUUGGAGUGGGACUGUUGGUGUAUCGCAACAUGGCCCAAACACUCCAUGGCCAGGGAACACUCCGCUUCACAGGUGAUGAGAUUGCCUCCAUGCGACAGGAUCUUUGGGAGGAGAUAAACUCGCUUCUUGUCUCCUCAAAGUCUUCAUCGAAAACUACAGAGCACAACCAGACUUUUUGGCUGCUUGGUGGAGAUGCACCCACUGAGGCAGAUGCGGCCUGUUUUGGAUUUAUCACUGCGGCUUUGGUUUCCACCGCAUGUCCUAAGGCGCAGAAGGUUGUCAAGAGUCUGCCCGUUGUCGUCGAAUAUGCGAGUCAUAUUCAUGAUCGAUUUUUCCCCGAAUAUAACUUCUGGGAGUGA